AUGUAUCCAAGGCCGCUGUCCCACGACGCGAUAGGAGGUCCCUUGACUCCAGUACGGGCAGGCCGAACGACCCACGGCUUCUCCGCAGCCCCUCGUAAAUGGAACUCCUGGGGAAUCCAGAUCAACCUGCUCACGACCCCCAGCAGUCCCGCGUUCCUGUCUCCCCUGACCAACCAGUCGUUCAUCAUCAAACAAUGCAACGUUCUCGCAGACGCGGACAUCCUGGCCGCCGGCUACAACCUUUGCAGCCUCGAUGGCAGCUGGUAUAGUUCCGUCACCGACGACCACGGCCGCAUCACCUACAACAAGACGCGAUUCGACCUGCCCGCGCUCGGCAAACACCUACACUCCAGGAGCCUGAAGCUGGGUCUCUACAACAUGCCCAACAUCCCCUGCGAAGCAGCUAAUAAGGCCAUCCUCGGCACUAACGUCACCGACCGCUACGACCUGUGCUACUUCAACUACUGCAACCCCAACACCCAGCUCUACCACAACUCCAUGAUCGACCUCUGGGCCUCCUGGGGCACCGACAUGAUCAAACUCGAAUAUAUCACCCCCGGGUCCAUCGUCCAAGACUUCGCCACACCACCCGACACCAGCGGCGCAGCCAUCGCCUACCACCGCGCCAUCCUCAACUCCGGCCGCCAAAUCCGUCUGGACCUCUCCUCCAACAUCUGUCGCAACAACCCCUACCUUGAUAUCUGGGACUCCACAUCCGACUCCAUCCAUCUCGCCGUCGACAUCAACAACCAACACUCCCGCUCCUUCGUCGGCAUGUGGAAGAUCCAAGGUACCAUCGAGCAAUGCCGCCAAUACAUCAACCAGCUCGUGCACGAACAAAGAACCAUGACCGCGCGCCCGGAUCUCGAUAACCUCUUCAUAGCCAACCCCGCCUCCGUCUCUAAAAUCAACGACCCCCACCCAACGCCUCACCGUUACGAGCCAUUGGAUCGGCGCCGCCGCAAACCUCAUCUUCGGCUCGGAUCUAACCACCCUAGACGCUCUGGGCCGUCAGAUCCUCACCUCUCGCGCCGCACGUCGCGCCGCAGACUUUUGCGCUCAGUUCCCAUGCAGCCGCGCAACCCUGGCUCUGGAGGCAAUCAGGCCCGACAGCUCCAAACGUAG